AUGCAGGAGGGACUGAUGGCUUUAAGCGGUACCCAGAACGGUGCUUAUAUUGCCCAUCACACAUUACCACUUGGACAAAACAUCAGCCUGGCUCGUUUCAAGCAGGCUUGCCAAGUGGUAGUCACCGUCCAACCGAUCCUUCGGACUCGUUUCAUCUACCCUGAAGUAUCCGGGGCGCUCCAGGCGGUCCUGCGAGGUAAGAUCGAAUGGCAAUCGGGCGAGAGCCUGGAUGAUUACAUGAAAGAUGGCAAACAGCAUCCCAUGCGAGCCUGGGAUGCACUUACGCGCUAUGGGAUAGUCCCAGAUGAUAACGACGGAUGGACACUCGACUUGCUUUUCGACCGCCUUGACAAGGCUCGCACGCCUCAUCUGGGCAAACCCAUCGUGCGCUCAUGCUGA